UCUAAAGUCGAGUCCCGAGUUUUGAAGCCAUCGUCGAGCUUGUCGAUUACCAAAUUUGCUACCCUGGUCUCAUUCAUCUCGUUAAAGAGCACAGAUUUCGAUCUCUGAGAGCGAAAGAAAGAGAGGGUGUUAGUGUUUGUGUGAGAUGGAUUUCGAGCUAAGGGCUGCCCGGGAUAAGUUGGAGAGAGAGCAAAGAGAGAGGAAAGAGAGGGCCAAGGCAAGGGCGGAGAGAGAGAGGAAGGCUAAAGAAGAGGCCGCUAGCCGCCGGGAGGCCGUUGAGGCCGCCCACCGUGCAAGAAGGAUCGAAGUUGAGAAUGCUCGUCUCAAGGAAGAACAACAAUUGGCGGAAGCCCUAGUUAUCGGUAAUGGAAUUGUGUUUUCACGAACACUUGAAGCUCUUCAGUAUAUUGGUUAUGGAGAUAAGAUAAAGUUACCGCCAUCAUGUUUUACUGAGUUAUCUGAUAAAGGAGCUUUGGAUAAGGGACCCAUGUAUUUUAAACUUUCAAGAAUUGAUAGGCAGGCUUCUGUAGAACCUAAUCUUUCUAAGGAACAAGAGCCUGGAACAACACAUUCUGGUGUUUUGGAAUUCACUGCAAUGGAAGGAUCUGUGGAGCUACCUCCACAUGUUUGGAAAAAUUUAUUCUCUGAUGAAAUUCCGGAGGUGCCUAUAAUUGAAGUGUGCUACGUAAGCUUGCCUAAAGGAUCUUAUGCUAAACUAAAACCAGAAAGUAUGGGUUUUUCUGAUAUUCCAAAUCAUAAGGCUGUGCUUGAAACUACUCUUCGGAAGCAUGCGACACUUUCUCAGGGAGAGGUUAUUAUUGUUAAUCAAGGGGAAUUGAACUAUAAGCUAAGAGUUCUUGAGCUAAAACCUGCAUCAAGUGUUUCUGUCCUAGAAACGGAUAUUGAAGUUGACAUUGAGGGACCUGAUUCUAUGUUGGAUGAGGUUGAGCAUCAACCUGUGCUUCUGCCACUUGCAUUUGGAAAGGCUGAAUCUGGAAGAGUCAAGGAAGGAAAGUUUACUUAUUAUAAAUUCUCCUUAGAUGAAAAUAUCCACGAGAAAGUUGCAUCUGGAUGCAUGAAUAUUGAGGUCAAACUCGAAGUUGAUGCAUCUGAUGGGGAUAUUGAUAUAUAUGUUUCUCGCCAUCCUUUGGUAUUUCCUACCCAACACCGUCAUGAGUGGUCAUCUAAUGAAAUGGGUUCAAAGACUUUGAUACUAAGUUCAAAGGAUGCACACAUGGUGGCAGAUACUUAUAGCAUUGGUGUCUUUGGCUUCAAGGGAUGGGCAAGAUAUAAGAUAUCUGUGUCUCUUAAAGAAAACAACAUCCCAAGAGUGAGCCGGACUGCCAGUGCUUCGUCUCAAGUAGAUGUUGACUCAGUAAAAUGUAGAAAUUGCAGGCACCACAUUUCUAGUCGCACCAUUUUACUUCAUGAGGCAUACUGCAUCAGGCACAAUGUUAUUUGUCAGCAUGAUGGCUGUGGUGUUGUUCUGAGGAAAGAAGAGGCUGCAGACCAUGUGCAUUGUGUAAAAUGUAGAAAAGCUUUCCAAAUUGGGGAGAUGGAAAAGCAUAUGAAGGUAUUUCAUGCGCCAACCGACUGCGCAUGUGGGGUGAUUCUAGAGAAGGAAGAAAUGGUCCAACACCAGUCUACAACCUGUCCAUUGCGCCUGAUUGCCUGUAGGUUCUGCGGCGACAUGGUCGAAGCAGGGAGCAUGCCAGUUGAUGCUCGUGACCGGCUCCGAGGACUCUCAGAACAUGAAAGCAUCUGUGGUUCGAGAACUGCUCCUUGCGAUUCAUGUGGCCGUGCCGUCAUGCUCAAGGAGAUGGACAUUCAUGUUAUUGCUGUGCACCAGAAAAGCUGAACAAAAUAUAAUUCCAGGUUUCUCCAUCCCUCUUUUGAAUCCUUAUUAUAAAUGCAAACCCUUGCAUGAAAACUUCUAAAAUAUGAUUGGUGGAAUUCAAAAGCUGCAGAGGAAGAAAAUAUUUAGGAUGUUAAGUUGUUGGAUUUGAAUUAUUUUCAUCUGUUUGUAGCUUUGUUUAUGUUUGGUUCAUUAUAUGGGAUUAUUGGCAUCUGAAAGCUGGGGUAUUUUCAACUUUUAUUUAUAAGAAUGGCGAAUGUCAUUAGAUUUGUUAAUGAAGAUAUAAGAGUUAUGAAUUUUCUUAUAAAUUUUGUAACCUUUGUCAUAGUAAAAAUUGCAAUGAUGAUAUCAGGA